AUGGAGACCGAGAGCGCCGGCGCGCAGCGAGGGUCCGAGUCCGAGUCGUGCCUGUCCCGGAGGGCCACCUGGGGGCCCACCACGAACCUGACCCGGUCCCCCAGCCCCAGCCAGUCCACCUUCAGGUCCUCGUUGCUGUCCUCCUUCGCCUACGCCGAGGGCUUCCAGCGCAGCGCCGGCGGCCGGCCCCGCCGCGUCCCGCCGCUCGAGCUCGCUCGCCGAGCCGAGCCGCAGCUGCUGCGUCUGCGCCCCACCUCGCUCCGCAGCCAGGACGUCUCGUACCUGCUCAGCCUCGUCUUCCGCGGCCUCUACUCGGCCGAGGCGAUCGGCGAGCACGCGAGCAGCAGCCUGAUCAGGGCCCGCGGCAGCGAGGAUGCGCGCCACGAGCAGUUCGUGGACUCGCUGCAGCAGAUUCGAGAACUCUACAAGCAGCGACUGGAUGAGGUUGAAAUGGUGGAGAGGCACAUCAUUCAGGCCCGCGCUCGGGCCAUGGCGGAGGAAGAGCGGGCCACGCAGCAGGCUGAAGCACAGACCCUUGAGGCCUCCAACGUCAUCAAGUUGCCUCCAGUCAAGUCUGUCUUCAGAUGGUGUGUGGACAGCGAGUUGCUACGGAAACAUCAUUUGAUCUGCCCAGAAGAUUACUACAGUGACACGAUACCAUUUUGCUCUGCACCCAAAGGCAGCUCCCUCCCUGGGUGUCAAAAACUGACAUUUAGUUGUGGGAAGCGUGCUGUCCCAAAUAAAGAGCUGGCCAAGAGGCUUGAAGUUUUAUGCAGAAAGAAGGUUGCUGAUGCUGACAAGUUAGGGCUCAGUUUGGAUACUUUGACCUGGGACUCGUCUCUCAAGGCCGAACACAGGACCGAAAAAACUGCCAAGAAAGCAACUGUACCAAAGAAUAAAAACUGGAUGAACCACUUAAGUGUGCCACAGAGAGAAAUGGAGCGACUUCUGCUUGCCCGAAUGGAGAGUCGGAACCGCUUCUUGAGAAACCCUCGGUUUUUCCCUCCUAACACACUGCAUGGAGGCAGGUCUCUUCUUUUUCCUACAAAGAAGCCAGGACGGAUCAGAGGGCUCCAGGGUGUAGUGUCAGAACAGAGUUGUGCGGAUACGCCAGUGUUUCUAGCGAAGCCAUCAAUUGGGUUUUUCACAGAUUAUGAAAUUGGACCAGUUUAUGAGAUGGUGAUUGCUCUGCAGAACACCACCGCAACCAGCCGCUACCUGCGAGUCCUCCCACCUUCCACUCCGUACUUUGCACUUGGAUUGGGGAUGUUCCCGGGAAAAGGUGGAAUGGUGGCUCCGGGAAUGACCUGCCAGUACAUCGUCCAGUUUUUUCCUGACUGCCUUGGAGAUUUUGAUGAUUUUAUUUUAGUGGAGACCCAGUCAGCCCACACGCUGCUGAUCCCUCUACAAGCCCGGAGGCCGCCCCCAGUGCUGACGUUGCCUCAAGUGUUGGACUGUGGCUACUGUCUCAUUGGGGGGGUGAAGAUGACCAGAUUUGUCUGCAAAAACGUGGGCUUCAGUGUCGGCAAGUUCUGCAUCAUGCCCAAAAAGAGCUGGCCACCACCAAGUUUCCGGGCUGUGGCAACCAAAGGCUUUGUUGAACAACUUCCCUUUGGAGUCCUCCCUUCAGUGUUUGAGCUGGCCCCAGAACAGGCCGUAUUAGUGGAGGUCUUGUUCCUCCCAAUGAGCCUAGGAGAAGCAAAGCAGACCUUCAUCAUCGUGUGUGACAACUGCCAGAUAAAGGAGCUGGUGACCGUAGGAAUCGGGCAGCUGGUUGCUUUGGAUCUGAUCUAUGUUUCUGGUGAAAAAAGCCAACCAGAGCCUGGAGAGCUCACAGACUUAACAGCCCAGCACUUCAUACGCUUUGAGCCUGAAAACCUUCAGUCUACGGCUAAGAAGCAGCUGAUAGUCAGAAAUACUACGCACGUGGAGCUGGCCUUCCACUGGCGGAUCAUGAAGCCCAACCUGCAGCCUCUGAUGCCAGGAGAAGUCUACAACCUGGACAGCAUCAAGUGCCACCCUGACAGGGAGACAGCCUUCUCCAUCAUGCCUGCGAAGGGGGUUCUCAACCCCCACAUGGACCAUGAGUUCAUACUGAGCUUUUCUCCUCAGGAGCUGAGGGGCUUUCACAGCGUGCUCCAGAUGGUGCUAGAGCAAGUCCCUGAGCCCACGAGUUCAGAAAUUCAGAGCCUGGAGGAUGCCCCGUACUUGGCCAAUGAUGUGAUCGCCCUGGAAAUCGAGGUGAAAGGCUCUGUGGAACCUUUCCAGGUCCUCUUAGAGCCGUAUGCGCUCCUCAUCCCAGGGGAGAACUAUAUCGGCAUGAACGUGAAGAAGGACUUCAAGAUGUGGAAUAACAGCAGGUCGCCCAUCAGAUACGAGUGGGAGAAAAUCAGCGACUGCCACAUCAUUGAAGUGGAACCCUGUGCUGGGGUCAUAGAGCCCAACGAGGUCGGGGAUUUUGAGCUGAACUUUACUGGGGGUGUCCCUGGUGCCACAAGCCAGGACCUGCUGUGUGAAAUCAAAGACUCGCCCUCACCGGUGGUGCUACACAUUGAGGCGGCCUUUAAGGGGCCUGUGCUUGUCAUGGAUGUCUCAGCCCUUCAGCUUGGCUUGCUUCGCUUGGGCCAGAGGGUCACACACUCCAUCGAGAUCCGGAACAUCAGCCGGCUCCCGGCCACGUGGCACAUGAAGGAGAGCAAGGUCUGCCUGGAAGAAAGGCGCAAGAGUGAGUCUCUCUUCGACCUUGAGCCCUCGAGUGGCUACCUUCCCCCUCUGGGAGAGUGCACAGUGAAUGUCACCUUCGAGGCCUUGCUCUGCCAGAGCCUGCAGACAGUCCUGGAGCUAGAGGUGGAAAACGGGGCCUGGAGCUACCUUCCUGUGUAUGCCGAGGUUCAGGAGCCCCACGUCUACCUGCAGAGCAGCCACGUGGAGGUCAGCAACCUCUACCUGGGUGUGCCCGCAAAGGUAGCCAUCACGCUCAUCAAUGGCACUCUCCUGCCCACCGGGUUCCAGUGGGGCAAGCUCCUAGGGCACCAAGCAGCCCUCUGCACAGUGAAGGUCUCCCCCAAAUGUGGCACACUGGGCCCCAGUGAGGAACGCCGGCUCAACAUGGAGUUGACUGCUCAUACCCAGGAAGAGCUGACAGACCUGGCCCUCCCUUGCAAUGUGUCAGGCAUGAAGAAGCCACUCGUCCUGGGCAUCUCUGGGAAAGCCCGGGGACUGCAGGUGGCCAUUGCCAUCUCUAUGGAGGGCUCUGACAGCUUCUUCAGCACAGAGCAGUGGCCAGGCCACCUGGGGGAGCUCCGCCUGGACUUUGGCUCGACAGUGCCGCUGAGGACCCCCGUGAACUGCCAGCUCAUCCUGACCAAUCACUCCCCGAUACAGACCCCUUUCAGCCUCUAUUUUGAGUACUUUGGGAGCCCUAAAAGCAGCUUGAGCAAAAAGGCCAGCCUCCCUGACAUAGCCCCUGCUCUGCUAAAGACAGCCCGGAUGCGAGAGCAAUUAGCCAAACGCGAGCAGCUAGGUUUUAUGGAAAGCAUGUUGUCUCACAGGAAAGGAGCUGCCUUUUUCCCCCACAUUUCCCGAGGCAUGCUGGGAGCCUACCAGCAGCUAAGCAUUGACAUCACAGGCUGUGCAAACAUGUGGGGCGAGUACUGGGACAACCUUGUCUGCGUGGUGGGAGAGCUGCCCCCCGCAGUCAUCCCCGUGCACAUGGCGGUGGUGGGCUGCCCCAUCAGCUCCCUGAGGACCACCUACUACACUGUUGACCGGUCCCACAAGGAGCCCAUUAUCAGGUUUGGCACUCAGAUCUCUGGAGGAGACACAGUCACUCGGGUCCUUCGCCUCAACAACUCCAGCCCCUGUGACAUCCGCCUGGACUGGGAGACGUAUGUCCCAGAAGACAAGGAGGAGCGGCUGGUGGACCUGCUGGUAUUUUAUGGGCCACCCUUCCCGUUGCGUGACCAAGCUGGGAAUGAGCUCGUGUGCCCUGAGACCCCUGAGACCAGCGUCUUCUCCUGGUCCCCAUGUCCCUCCAAUGUGUCGAACUCCAGCCAUGAAGCUGCCCAGUCUGCCGAGAGCAGCCCCAGUGGCAGCAGCAGGGCCACACAGAAGAUUAUCUCGGUCAUCAUGCAGGAGCAUGACGGGGUGCCCUGCAGCCACCUGUAUGCUGUCAGCCCUAAGCAGGUGGUGGUCCCUGCUGGGGGCAGCAGCACCAUCUCCAUUUCCUUCACACCCAUGGUCCUCAGCCCUGACAUCCUGAACAACGUGGAGUGUACUGGCUACGCCCUGGGCUUCAUGAGCUUGGACAGUGAGGUGGAAAGGGAAAUUCCGGGGAGGAGGCGCCGUCUGCAGGACUUUGACGUGGGACCCCUGAGACUGGACCUGCAUGGCUACGUGAGGCCUGCACAGCUAAGUGUGGAGCUGGAUUACGGAGGCAGCAUGGAAUUCCACUACCAGGCCAGUGACCUCAUCCCUGGACAGCCCUACUCUGGGGUGCUGAGUGAGCUGGUGACCACCCACCACCUGAAGCUGACCAACACUACAGAAAUCCCACACUACUUCCGGCUCCGGGUCUCCAAGCCCUUCUCCAUUUCUCAAGAUGGGGCUGGCCUGAUUGCUCCUAGCCCUGACCAGGAGCAAGAGUGUGAGGAGGAGGAGAGAGCAGAAGAGGGCAAGCUGCUGGUGGUCCAGCCACAGGAGAACAUGUUGGUGAACGUGUCCUUCUCGCUGUCCUUGGAGCUGCUGUCCUACCAGAAGCUCCCAGCCGACCAGAUGCUGCCUGGAGUGAGGAUCCAGCAGACCGAGCGCGGAGAAAAAGAGAUGGUGUUUACGCAGAACCUGCUGCUGAAGUACACCAACCAGACCACUCAGGUGGUACCCCUGCGGGCCACUGUGGCUGUGCCCGAGCUGCAGCUCUCCACCAGCUGGGUGGACUUCGGGACCUGUUUUGUGAACCAGAUGCAGGUCCGAGAGGUCUACCUGAUGAACCUGAGUGGCUGCCGGAGCUACUGGGCUGUGCUGAUGGGCCAGCAGGAGCCAGCCAAGGGCAGGGUGGCCUUUGGGGUAUCCCCGAGCAGUGGGCUGCUGGAGGCACGACGGGUCAACGCGCCCCCAUCCUCCGUCACCCUGCAGGUUGUCUUCACUGCCAGGAGCACUGAGCUGUAUGAAUCCACGCUGGUGGUGGAAGGCAUGCUGGGUGAGAAGACCUGCACCCUGCGGCUCCGGGGCCAAGGCUCUUAUGACGAGAAAUACAUGACCUCCCACCAGCUUUGAGGCUCUCCCCCCAUCCCCAGCUCCAGGCCUCCAGCUUUAGAAAUAAACAUGG